UUUGAAAAAGAAAAGGAACGAUAUCCUAUAAUCCUCUUUCCUGACGUAUUUGCCGUCUGAACUUGCGGUGACUCUGUCGUUCAAGCAAUCCAGUUGGUGAAAAAACAGUUGACAAACCGCCCACGUUUCAUGACUAACAAGCAUUCUUUCCGUUCACAUUCUUGAGUUUUUCGCCUUUGUACCCAUCUUCUUUAUCUAAUUUUUUUUAUAUCACUUCAACUAAAAGAACAGAGGUUCAGCAAUGGAGGAGAAGGAUCAUCGUCCUCCUUCUUCUCAGACAUCGCAGGUCCAAAUCAGGAUGAAUGGGUACAACGCAGUGCACCCAGUUGAGAUAGACACACCACCUCAAUUACCAUCAUCUACUCAAAGUCCACUCGUCUACACCCAAGUUAAGCAUCAUUCCAAGAAAUGGAAGCCUUGGAUUAUACCUUCUUUUGUUAUUGCCAACAUAGUUAUGUUCGUUAUUACCAUGUAUGUUAAUAACUGCCCCAAGAACUCUGUUUCUUGUGUUGCUAGUUUCCUUGGGAGGUUCUCCUUUCAGCCCUUUAAGGAGAACCCACUUCUUGGCCCUUCUUCUAACACGCUGCAGAAAUUAGGAGCUUUAGAUGUGAAUAAAGUGGUUGAUGAACACCAAGGAUGGCGUCUUAUCUCUUGCAAUUGGUUGCAUGCAGGGGUUUUUCAUUUGUUGGCUAAUAUGUUAAGUCUUUUAGUUAUUGGCAUUCGGCUUGAGCAGGAAUUUGGAUUUGUUAAAAUUGGAUUGCUAUAUGUCAUCUCUGGAUUUGGUGGGAGUCUGAUGUCAUCUCUUUUCAUUCAAACAAAUAUAUCUGUUGGUGCUUCUGGUGCACUGUUUGGGUUGCUCGGGGCCAUGCUUUCUGAACUCAUCACUAAUUGGACAAUAUAUACUAAUAAGGUAGCAGCUUUCGUUACUCUCUUGAUCAUCAUCGCAAUAAAUCUAGCAGUGGGAAUUCUACCACAUGUCGACAACUUUGCCCACAUUGGAGGAUUUCUUUCUGGUUUUCUCCUCGGGUUUGUGUUUCUGAUCCGUCCACAGUUUGGAUGGGUUAGCCAAAGAUAUGUUCCUCCUGGAUACUCUCCAGCAUCAGUUAAACCCAAAUUCAAGGCGUACCAGCGCAUCUUGUGGAUCAUUUCUCUUAUUGUCGUGGUUGCUGGGUUAACUCUCGGGCUGGUUUUGCUUCUCCGAGGAGUCGAUGCAAAUGAUCACUGUUCGUGGUGUCACUACUUGUCUUGUGUACCCACUUCACGAUGGAGCUGCAAUACUGAGCCUGCUUCCUGCUUGUCUUCCCAGAUGGGCAGCCAGCUAAACGUGACAUGCACAACCAACGGAAAAUCCAGCGUAUACAGAUUGCCAGACGCAACAAAUUCCCAAAUCGAGGGAUUGUGCACUCAGCUUUGCCGUUGAUAUAUAUAUAUAUACGGACGGAAUUUUCAUGUGGCGCACCGGUUAUGUGUACAACUCUUUUUGGUUCAUUGGCUAUUCCCUUGAUUUCUUUCUUGUGUAAUUAUUACAUUUUGUUCUACAGUAUCCAAGUUUAUAUAAAAAAUAAAAAUUAAAAACA